CCAUUGCUAAAGUUGCCCUUCAAACCAACAGACACAGAAUAAUUCCGCAAUGAAAGUCAGCGUGGGCAGUUUUCGGCAUGUUUUUGCAGGAUACUGUUGCCAUGACAGCUUUCAUGGGGAUGUAUGCAUUAUUGCAAGUUUGCUUGGACAGAGGUUUUGCUGGAUACCUUCUUUAGGAUCCCAGAGAUGAACUGAAAAUGACAAACAAAGGCCAGUAGGGCAAUUUUGGAAGGCUUUUGUCUGAAGAAGUAACGAGAGCCACCAACGAGCCACUGUUAACCGGGUGGCUGCAGCCGGGACAGCAGAGGGAGACCACAGGGAAAUACAGCAUAUUUUUUAGUCUGUGAAUUAAUUGGGAUUUAUUCAGACAAAAAAAGGAUGAUUGUUGGAACAGUAAAAAGACAAACUAAGGCGUAUUUGCUCCUGUAGCAUCUGCUUUGAGUGCUCGCUACAGCCAUCGCUCUGUAGUAAUGAUGGGAGGACUGAUGUGCGGUGUAGGAGUUGUGUUUGGGUCUUUUGCUCGUAACCUGAAUGAACUCUACUUGACAGUGGGGUUGCUGAAUGGUCUAGGCUAUGCAAUGACUUGGCCUCCUACAGUGACCAUGCUGGGCUUGUACUUUGAGAAGAGGCGCCCAGUGGCAAACGCCUUGGCCAGCUCUGGAGAGUGCAUCCUUACCUUUGUCCUCACACCCCUAUUCCAGUUAUUGAUUGACAGCUACUCCUGGAGGGGUGCUUUGCUAAUCCUGGGGGGUCUGCAGUUUAACCUCUGUGUGUGUGGGAUGUUGCUGAGGCCCCUAAAGACCACAAAAUACGUGAUAUGUGAGGACAAAGCUGAGGAAGAAGGCUUGUCCCUGGAAUUGCUACCAAAGGACGACUUGGAGCAGAGUAAACCAAUGUUGCUAGAUGCAGAGGAGCCGAGAGUAUCUGAUCAUGGGACAAUAAAGGAUUUUCUUGAGGACCCUGAAGAAAUACCCAAUUCGACCAUGAAAGUACAAGACUCAAACUACAGGACUAAGAGGGCUGAACUAAGGACAAAAAUCCUUCGCUACGUAGACUAUACCCUCAUCACCAAUGCAAAAUUUAUGGUUUACUCAAUGUUUGGGGUGUUUGCUGCACUGGGUUUCUUUGCCCCAGCUCUGUUCCUGAUUCCAUAUGCUCGUAGUAAGGGGAUUGAGGAGUACGAGGCAGCAGCACUCAUGUCCAUCUCUGCAGUGUUGGACCUGUUUGGAAGAGUUUUCUUUGGCUGGUUGGCAAACUUGAGACUGGUGGAGAUGGUGCUGCAGCUGACAGCAACAAUGAUUCUGUUGGGUACUGUAUUACUCCUCUGUCCCCUGGCCUCUUCUUACUUAGAGCUGGCUGCUUUCAGCGCAGCUUAUGGCCUGAUGUACGGUGCUGCGGUCGCAAUCCACAUCACCAUGCUGGCUGAGAUUGUGGGCGUCAACAGGCUUGGAAGUGCGCUGGGGUUCUUCUUGCUCAUACGCAGUAGCGGAGGCCUGCUUGGACCGCCCAUUGCUGGGUUCUUUAUUGACAAGAUGAGUGAUUACGGAACAGGUUUCCUCAUGGCGGGAGUGUCUCUCAUCGUCUCUGCUCUGUUCCUGCUCAUCCUCCAUCAGAUGAACCGCAGAGGUCGGGGGUCGUCCACCAACAACCACCAUAUGGACACAGACAACAUCAAACAAAGCUUCAGCGAUGAAGCCAAAGAGCUAAAUGUGACAUAAAUAAAGGAAAUAUGGUUUCUGUUGCUGAUAGGCUGAAGGCAGAAUGGUCCUGUUCAUUAUCAGUGGACAAGCACUGAAGAAAAAG